AGUGGGCGGAGCUUCCCCGGCAAGGGACUGGCGCGUGGCUCCUGCAGAAACGGAGGAUGCGGCGGGUCCCGCGGGCGGGGCUCGCGCUGGCGCUGGAAGUGGGGGUGCGCGCGCUGCUCUUAGCAGUUUUUCUAAUCACUGAAAUUCUCCCUCCGUUCCAGAGGGUCAUACAGCCGGAAGAGAUGUGGCUGUAUAAAAACCCUUAUGUGGAGUCUGACCAUGUUCCUGCCAAGCCAAUGUUUUUCAUUUCCUUUUUAUCUCCCUUGGUCUUGAUUCUUCUGGCCAAAUUCUUCAUGAAUGUUGACCAAGAGGAUACGCGGGAAGCAUGCCUAGGGGCCAGCUUGGCUCUUAUGCUGAAUGGCGUCUUCACUAAUGCUGUGAAGCUGGCCGUAGGCAGACCUCGGCCUGAUUUCUUCUUUCGCUGCUUUCCAGACGGCCGGGCAACCGCUCAGCUGUUGUGUACGGGUGACGCACAAGUAGUGACCGAAGGGCGGAAGAGCUUCCCCAGUGGGCAUUCUUCAUUUGCUUUUGCUGGACUUGCCUUCGGCUCAUUCUACAUGGCAGGGAAGCUCCACUGCUUUGCACCUGGUGGGCGUGGGCAGUCCUGGCGCCUCUGUGCCUUCUUAACACCCCUGUUUGUGGCGAUGCUUAUUGCUUUGUCCCGUACCUGUGAUUACAAGCAUCACUGGCAAGACGUAGUGGUUGGCUCAGCAAUGGGCUUUGUGUUUGCGUACCUGUGUUACAGACAGCAUUACCCUGCUCUGACGGACCCUGACUGCCAUCAUCCACUGCAACGCAAGUCCAGACUCUCUGCCCCCGAGAGGCAAAAGCUAACCCUCUCUGGUUUCAACCUUGAUGUAUAAAGUUUGGCUCCAAUUUGGGGGGAAAUGGGGGGUACACCCUCCGCAGGGUCCUGUGUCUGGAGGAGAAAAAAAUGAUUCUCACUUUAAAGGGCCAGCAGCCUCACUGAGUAUGUGGCCAUUCUCCUCUUCCCUUUCUCAUGAACCUGUUAGCAGAGAAGAGAGUGGUGUGCACUACAGUGGAGGCAAGCCAUCCUCUUAUCUCUGACAGUGGCAUCUUGCUGCAAAGAAUCAGCCCUGGAUCCACGCUAGGGCUUGCUGCAAGAAAGAUAUGGCACACAAUUUUGGAAUAACAGUAGGAUCUAGUAACAUUCCAGUUCAGUCUUUGCUGUGAGGCAGAAAAUAGCUACAGAGCAAUAGCUCUGGUUAACUCAAGCAAACCUGGGUGCAUGCUAGAAUACCGCACAUUGUGUCAUGUAUGUGGCAUGGCUUUAGCAUGUGGGGUUACCUGUUUUCUGCCUACUCAGCUAGCACUGGCCUUUCUUUUCAAUGCUCCGCACACAGAGAUCAUGUUGGAUUUAGGUCUGGCUUUCAGGAGUCUGUAUCCCCUUGGCUGCCUCUGAAAGAAGGUUCUGUGCUGUGUGGUCGAGUGUGUAUCUUGCAGAGGCAUUCCGCCCAUUGGGCAAAGUGGGCAGUUGCCCAAGGCACCCCCUGGUGGGGGGCGCAAAAACUGCAGGUUCUUUUGUGGGAUUUUUUGUAUUUUCAGUGUUUUUCCAUUUUUGGCCUGCAGAUGGU